CAGCAGAGCUCGACAGGCGGAGAGACACUCGGACAAGUUGCUCAGAAAGCCGCUUUGCGUCGUUGCGGGAGGUGGUAGUUGUAUAUUUUGUGCUCGAUAUUCAUCACUUAAACCGCUAUAUCAUUUCACAAUGGCGCCAGGAUCGUAUAUAAAGAUCGCUGACGAAUACAAAAGUUUCACCCUGGACCACUUCUGUGUCCCCAAGCAUUAUGAGGAAGACUUGGAAGAUAUUAUGAUUCCGUGGGGAUUGAUACAGGACAGGAUCGAGCGCCUAGCGAGAGACAUUUUUCAGUCGGUGAAGGAUCAACCGCUGACCGCAGUGUGCAUCCUGAAGGGCGGCUACCGCUUCUUCACCGACCUCCUUGACAAGCUCACUGCACUCAACCGAGCCCAUGGCCACGUCUCCGUACCCAUCACCAUCGACUUCAUCAGACUUAAGAGUUACGAAAACGAUGCAUCGUCAGGGGAGAUCCGUAUCGUAGGCGGUGACAGCUUAUCGAGCAUCGCGGGUCGCAACAUUCUGGUGGUGGAGGACAUCAUCGACACAGGCCGCACGAUGAUCAAACUCCUCGAGCUGCUGGCCGAGCACAAGCCUGCCUCUGUUAAGGUUGCCUCCCUGCUUGUCAAGAGAAGAGCUGGCCAAGGCGUUACAUUCAGGCCUGACUAUUGUGGAUUCGAAAUUCCAGACAAAUUCGUCGUUGGAUACGCGCUCGAUUACAAUGAAUACUUCAGGGAUCUCAACCAUAUCUGCGUCAUCAACAAUGCCGGCAAAGAGAAAUAUCGUCAAACAGCGACCAAGUAACCAUUUCCGGACAGUCGACCAUUGAUGUUUUCGCAAAUGCCAUACAUUCCUUUUAAUUUUAUGUUUUGUUAAGCACGCAGUGGAAGUUAUUGACAUAGGACAGCGUUUGUAGAGGGUCUAAGAUUAAAUGCAGGCAUUAAAUGAUACCAAGC